AUGGCUGCUCUACUGACGAACUUCUACUUCCUAGUUGUCUGGGUGAUAUUUUCAACAGUGUACCUGUGUAUGUGCUGUACGGAAGGUGAUGGUCACUUUGGCUGGCAGUGUGACACUGUGACUGGGUGUUUCUGUAAACAAGGCCAGAGAUGUCAACAGACUCUAGGAACAUGUCCUGAACACUGUGUGGACAACCCCUGGGGAAUAGGAUGUCAUGAUGAGCAUGGUAACCUAGCUUAUGGCAAGCCAGCCAGUCAGUCAAACACCAACUUUUCUUAUACAGAUGAUGAGUGGUUCUCGGCCACUCUAGCAGUGGAUGGAAACAACAGCACGGCUGACUCUAAUUGUACAAGAACGCACCAUCAACCAAAUACUUACUGGACCGUGGAUCUUGAAGGUCUCAGUGUUAUCCGUGAAGUGACAGUGAUAAAACCUGCUGCAAUUUGUCCGCAGAACAAUGAGAAACUGUGCAUCAAAAAUGAUACUUCGAACCAUGUUAAUUGCAUCUCUUCUACAAAUGCACAGUGUUUUGGAGGAGUGUUAAGAUACAACAUAAGCCCACCAAUCCUGGCACGCCACGUCACGAUCUUGAAAACUGGGCAACAAACUCUGCGACUCUGUGAGGUCAUCGUUAGAGGAUACACGUACCCCUAUAACGUGGCAUUUGGCAAAAGGGCAGAACAAAUUAACGUUAUAAAUGAAGGAGAUCCAGGACGAGCUAUAGACGGAAAAACGACAGCGUAUUAUCUUUUAGAAUCCUGCACUCACACAAAUGACACGCUAGACCCCUGGUGGGAAGUAGACCUAGGUCAGCAAUAUGUGGUGUAUAGUGUGACUCUUCUUAACAGAGACGAAAAUGUUCACGGAGGUGAGUAG